AUGCCGCAGAUCCGAAUGUCUGCGACGUCCACGACUAACAACUCCAUGGAAUCCAGAGGACAACCAGCAGGGAGACUACGGGGAAUUCAGCCACAGCGCGACCCUCGCAGGGCAAGUGAGCUGGACUGCGAGUCGAUAAGUACGUUGUUCUGCUUUGAGACACUAAUGGCCCGCCACGACUUCUUAUUCCGUGGACGAAGUCACACUUCUCUGUCAACUUGGGUAAGCGACUCAACGCGAAACAGAAGUAAAUAAUUGAAAGGAAGGCUUUGAUAGCUAAACACUCGCGGGGUAUUUGCACUACUUGUGACUUGUGCGCCAAACUAGGUCAGCAAUUUCUGCGUCGCGGUCUGCGCUCUGUACAAGGUGUCUGCGACGUAAGAUGUGCCGUGCAGUGGAACAUCUGAAGUCGGUCAGUGAUGUUACACAUUGACGUGUUCAUCGACCAGUCCUGAUUGCAGGUUGGGACAGGAGUGAACCCUUUUGACAUUUAGAUAUUUCAUAAAACCAUCAGGGUCGGCCUCAUAAAGAUGACCAACCACAAUGAAGAAACAUCAUUGGAUUGUCUUACCUGACUUCUCUACCGUUAUCAGCCAGCUAAACUUCAACCUUAGAGUAGUUCUACCUAGUUACCUGUAUCACACACUAGACUGAGUUGAGGUGGUGCCAGUAGAGCUGAGAAUUCAUGCAGUGACAUUUUAGUACCACUCGUCUUUUGAGAUUCGUGGAUGAAAAGUUAUCGUGUAGGCCGAAGAGUGUAAACAUUACCCACGCGUGAGUAGACCCUGCUUCCUGUUCAAAAAAUGUUUCUGUCAUUGAGCUUCAAGGUACCCAACGUUUUUGCCAACAUCUCGCGUGCACAUUUACUGACCUAGAGCGGGAAGUGGAGUGUGACUAUGCGCGUAAACACUUUCAUUCUUGACAUAUACAGUGCGUUACGUAACUCACGAAGUGUGUCGAAAUUUACGAAUGAUUCCCAAUCACUCGCAAACUGACACCACUUCAUGAGUACAAUGUCUGUAUUAAUUAAGUAAAAGUUUAAAAGAUUUAAAAGCAUAAAAGAAAUCAUAAAGGCAGUGUUGCCUUGUUUAGAAAUGCCGAUUUUUUAGAACAGCGCAAUAUCCCGAAAACGUCGAAUUUUCCGAUGGGUUUUCAUUAUUGCCGACGUUUCCGUCGCCCUCAUAGGCGCCGAUUUCCUAGCUCACUUCAACCUGCUAGUCGAUUUGAGGAAUCGCCGACUCGUUGACUGCAUCACCGACCUUCAUGCCCGAUGUCAAUCCGAUGUGAACCCCUGCGUCAACCCUCUCACUGUUAUGCCCAUCUCUGACUGUCCUUUCCACUCACUCCUCAGGCAGUUUCUCCGCCUGACCAACCCGUCAUUUCGUGAAGUGGACAUCAAACACACAGUCACUCACCACAUUUUCACUACCGGACCUCCCAAAUCUUGCCGAUCACGUCGUCUUGCUCCGGACCGUUUGAAGAUCGCCAAGGCAGAGUUCGAUCACAUGCUUGAGCUCGGCAUCAUCCGACAGUCCGACAGCUGCUGGGCAUCACCCCUCCACUUUGUCCCCAAGAAGAACGGCGACUGGCGACCGUGUGGUGACUAUCGGGCGUUGAACUCAGCGACGGUCCCCGAUCAGUAUCCCGUCCCGCACAUCCAAGACUUCACUCUUUUGCUACAUGGUAAGCGAAUAUUCUCUAAGAUCGACCUUGUGCGCGCCUACCACCAAAUCCCGAUCGAAGCCAUUGAUGUUCCGAAAACUGCAGUGACCACUCCUUUUGGGUUAUUCGAGUUCACUCGUAUGCCCUUUGGUCUGAGGAACGCCACUCAAACCUUUCAGCGAUUCAUUGAUCAGGUUCUGCGAGGUCUCGACUUCGUCUACGCCUACAUUGAUGAUUUGCUGGUGGCUAGUUCUGACGCUGCUGAACACGAGAUUCAUCUUCGACAGCUCUUCGAACGGCUCGACUCCUACGGCGUUAUCAUCAAUGCCGCCAAAUGUGAGUUUGGAGUCCCCAGUCUUAUCUUUCUUGGUCACGAAGUGAACUCAGAUGGGAUAAAGCCCGUCCCGGAAAAAGUUUCGGCCAUAUCAACGUUCCCCGUCCCGACAACCAUCAGCCAACUACGCCGAUUCUUGGGGAUGGUGAACUACUAUCACCGUUUUCUUCCCCAUGGUGCCACCAUACUGCAGCCUCUCAACAGCUUGCUGACCCACUCCAAGAAGACACUAGUGAUGACCGAGGAGGCCGUCAGGUCCUUCAAUGACGUCAAGGCCGCACUUGCGGACGCAACAUUGCUUGCCCAUCCUCGCUCAGAUGCCCAACUAACUCUCAUGACAGAUGCUUCCAGCACUGCCGUUGGUGCGUCACUUCAGGAAACUGUUAGUGGUGUUCUACAGCCUUUGGCUUUCUUCUCGAAGUAGCUCAGCCCAGCAGAGACCCGCUACAGUGUCUUCGGCCGCGAACUCCUUGCCGUCUAUCUAUCCAUCCGGCACUUCCGCCAUUUCCUCGAGGGCCGUGAAUUUGUUGUUCUAACAGAUCACAAGCCACUAGUUUUUGCACUGAGGGCCUCUCCCGAUCGCUACUCGCCCCGUGAAAUUCGUCAUCUCGACUUCAUCUCACAGUUUUCCUGCGACAUCCAACAUGUCCACGGUAAGGAAAAUGUGGUCGCUGAUGCUCUUUCAAGAAUCGAGAUGGCUUCCAUCACAACAGACGCCAUAGACUUCACGCUCAUGGCUGAGGCUCAACGAUCGGAUGGCGAACUUCCCCAAUACCGCCACGAGAACUCUUCUUUACGCCUUCAAGAUGUCCCCCUUCCCACUGGCACUGGCACCAUCACGUGUGACCUUUCUACCGGACACGAACGUCCUUUUGUCCCUGCAACUUUACGACGUUACGUGUUCAACGCCCUUCACAAUCUAUCCCACCCUGGAGCCCGGGCGACGGUGAAACUCAUCACUGACCGAUUCGUCUGGCCCAACAUCAACGGGAUGUACGGCGUUGGACCCGCCCCUGUCUACCAUGUCAACGAGCCAAAACGCAUCGGCAUACUAUUACUCCGCCAGGAAUUUUCGCCACCCCUGAUGGACGCUUCAGUCCUGUGCAUAUUGACCUGGUAG